AUGCCCGCAUACACCCCAGUCGCUACCGACGAGGCGGACACAGAGAACCUUCUCGUGCGGACGACGCCCUCAGCAGAGUGGUCUGAUAGCGAGAAGGAGAGCCCUGCCCGUAGGAGAUUUCUUCGCUGGAUGCCGUGGAUGUUGCAUACACUCUUGCUCUCCAUGUCGCUUCUUGUCUUCCUCGGCGCAUACAAGGUAAAGGAAACCCAAUGCACGGAGAGACUGUCUAUCUACUCCCCUGCGCUUGAGGCUGUGGAGUACGAGAAUGUCGUCUUCGAAGGCGUCCUUGAUCAGCCAAGCGAGUAUCGCGGCCCACCGAGUGAAGCCAUCGACUACGCAUGGGACAAAAUCUCGCUGAACAAUUCACAUAAGAUGAACUUUCCUCAACCCCAAAACUAA